AAUUCAGCUAACUUCAAGGACACAGUGUAGCCCUUCGCUCUCUCUCUCUCUCUCUCUGCCAUCAUGUCUUUCAACUGCUCCACAAGAAAUUGCUCUUCCAGGCCAGUUGGAGGACGUUACACUGCUCCUGCGGGCCCAGUUACCACAGCUUCAGCCCGUGACGCAGACUGCCUGAGUGGCCUCUACUUGCCCAGUUCCUUCCAAACUGGGUCCUGGCUCCUGGACCAUUGUCAGGAAUCAUCCUGUGAGCCUACUGCCUGCCAGCCAACGUGCUACCAGAGAACUUCUUGUAUCUCCACUCCUGUCCAGGUAACUUGCAAUCGACAGACUACCUGUGUCUCCAAUCCCUGCUCUGCUCCCUGUAGCCGGCCACUCACUUUUGUGUCCACUGGCUGUCAGUCCCUGGGAGGAAUUUCCAGCUCCUGCCAACCAGUGGGAGUCUCUACCACCUGCCAACCAGUGGGAGGCAUCUCUACCGUCUGCCAACCAGUGGGAGGCAUCUCUACCGUCUGCCAACCAGUGGGAGGCAUCUCUACUGUCUGCCAACCAACCUGUGGAGUCUCCAGGACGUACCAGCAGUCCUGUGUGUCCAGCUGCCGAAGAACUUGCUAAGUGCAUAAGAGCCAGUGAGCCAGUUGAGUCUCCGUGCCCUGCCAGCUAUGUUUCCAGGACCUUCCUGCAUGCUGUUUGAAUGUCAUCGUGUUAUUGACUGCCAAAUUGCUAGCUGCUAGCUACGCCCAAGCUGCUUUUGACACUCUAAAAUGUUUCUUGCCAGCACUAAGAUAACUUGAAGGUUUGAUUUCUGGUUCCGCGUAAGCUUCUCAAAGCUUCCAGAGGCUUCACCACCUCACUCCAGUCUGAGGAAUCACGAUGCUUCCAGAAGCUCUCCUGCCAACAGCCCAUGCCUUCACCUUGCUGCUUUAUUGCCUGGCUUCUGCUUUUGUGUCUCCGAAAAAGGGAGCUUGCUGCUCUGUGUAUUUCUCAAUAAACUCACAUUAGUUGGCA